GCCAUAUGCAGUUGUACAUGUUGUCAGUGGAGCUGCCCAUCUAGCAUUGCAUCCGUGUCACAACCUCAUUGGAUAGGGCUUGGACGACACGUAAUUUCAUAACUGUGUCUCUCUCAAAAGAGAAGAAAUUUGGGAAAUUAUAUACAGCAGAAAGCUGAGGGCUCAAAUUAUAAUUAGGGAUUCAUUUGAAUAAUCAGAUUGAAUUAGAAGCAGCAGCUGUUUCGAUCUCACUGCAAUGGCGGAAGCUUCUACCUCGUCGUCCGAUCAAACUUACUCUCAGGUUCCCAAAUCUGAAGGGUUAAAAUCACAAAAUGGAGAUAGACCGGUGUUCCCGAUUAUGUAUCCUGUGCUUGUUCCUGGAUUAUUACCUCCCCAUCAGCACCAGGAACAGAUUAAUCGUGGGCCAGGUCUAUAUGCUGUUCCAGUUCUUCCGUAUAUGCAACCUUUUGGUGGUUUUCCACCCAAUACUCUUAUCCCUUUUACCUACAACUUACCUACAGAACGAAGUUCUCCAGAGGCCAGAGAGGUCAGUGGUGAGCAGGGGCAACAAGGAGAGCAACUGCAACAGCAACAACAGGCUGGACCUCAAAGACAAGUUGUUGUUCGGAGAUUUCAAAUCGCUAUCCAGCUUGAUAUACUGCUCAUCUUAAAACUGGCAGCAGUUAUUUUCUUGUUCAACCAAGAUGGAUCUAGACAGAGGCUAACUCUCCUUGUGUUUUUUGCAACACUUGUUUACUUAUAUCAAACUGGAGCUCUUGCACCUGUAAUUCAAUGGCUUUCUCAAGGCAUGCGCAGGGCAGCUGCACCACCAGCCAGGCCUGCUGCUAGGGCAGACAAUCUAGCAGCCGCUGGGGAACAAGGAAAUGAAAAUGCUGGCUUAGCCGAUGGUCAACCUAUAGGUGAGAAUGAAAAUGAGAAUGAUCGAGCGAAUGAUGGGAAUAGGGGCGUUGAGAACGAGCAUGGAGGCGAAGGUGGGCAAGCCGAGGGUGGCAACCGCUUGUGGGUAAUUGUGAAAGAGAUCCAAAUGAUCGUCUUUGGUUUCAUUACUUCACUUCUCCCAGGCUUUCAUAACGUAGAUUAGGGAUAUGUAUAUUUACCCCAGAGCAUUCUGCCAAUUGAAUCAGCUUUUUGUUUAAAAUAAUUUAUUUUAGGAAAGUAAAUGUGCAUGGAUUGUUGUAGGCUGAGAAAAAGGAUUAUUAUAUUGUGUAUGAUAACUAAAGGUUGAACCUCCUGAUUUUCUUAGUGCUUACUUUGUGUUUUGGUUUGGGAAAAUCAAUCGUAGCAAUGGAGAUAAUAUUAACUGUCACAAA